AUGGACGAACAGGCGGGGCCCGGCGUCUUCUUCAGCAACAGCCACCCGGCGGCAGCCGCGGGCGUCAAGGGGCUCGGGCCCUUGGCAGAAGCGGCGGCCGCGGGCGACGGGACGGCUGCGGCGGCUGCGGCGGCUGCGGGGGCGGCCCGAGCCCAGUACAGCCUCCCGGGGAUCCUGCACUUCCUGCAGCACGAGUGGGCCCGCUUCGAGGUGGAGCGCGCCCAGUGGGAGGUGGAGCGGGCGGAGCUGCAGGCCCAGAUUGCGUUCCUUCAAGGAGAAAGGAAAGGACAAGAAAAUCUGAAGAAAGAUCUAGUAAGGAGGAUCAAAAUGCUGGAAUAUGCUCUUAAACAGGAAAGAGCCAAAUACCACAAGUUGAAGUAUGGGACAGAGUUGAAUCAGGGAGAUAUGAAGCCUCCAAGUUAUGAUUCUGAUGAAGGCAAUGAAACAGAGGUACAACCACAACAAAAUAGUCAGUUAAUGUGGAAACAAGGGAGACAGCUGCUCAGACAGUAUCUGCAGGAGGUUGGUUACACAGAUACUAUACUAGAUGUAAAAUCAAAGCGAGUACGAGCUUUGUUGGGCUUUGCAAGUGAUGUCACUGAGAGGGAAAAUGAGAAAAAUCAGGAGUCAGUUAUAAAUGGAGCAGAAGCUGAAAUUCAUAAAGAAACAGUAAUGAUUGGGAAACCAGAGUUAACUGAUUCUGCCUCUGUACUGGAUACUUUCAAAUUCCUUGAAAAUGCAGACUUCAGUGAUGAAGAUGAUGAAGAUGAUAUUGAUGGGAGAGAGAAAACCAUCAUUGAUACUUCAACGAUUGUUAGGAAGAGGGUGUUAUCUGAUAGCAGUGAAGAUCGAGAUACAAAAGAAGCUCUAAAGGAGUUUGAUUUCUUGGUUGCACCAGAUGAAGGAGAUGGAGAAUCUAGAAGCGUAGGCGAUGGAACAGAAUGGGAAAAGGAAGACCAGUGUCUCAUGCCUGAAGCCUGGAAUGUGGACCAGGGAGUAAUUACCAAACUCAAGGAGCAAUACAAAAAGGAGAGAAAGGGGAAAAAGGCGGUGAAGAGAAAAACUACCGAAGAUCUGUUUCAGCCUCUAUCCUAUAUAAAACAGUCAAAACAGGGAUGUGGGAGAAUGAUGGAUCAAAGCCCAGGACCCAACAGGUCAAAAUUACAAGAUAUGCUUGCUAACUUGAGAGAUGUUGAUGAACUUCCCUCCUUGCAACCAUCUUUGGGAUCACCUUCUAGACCGAGCAGUUCAAGGCUUAGUGAACAUGAAAUUAACAGGACAGAUGAAGUGGAAGCAUUAACAUUCCCUCCUACAUCAGGGAAGUCAUUUAUCAUGGGAGCAGAUGAAGCCCUUGAAAAUGAGCUUGGUCUUGGUGAAUUGGCAGGACUUACAGUUGCCAAUGAGGCUGAUUCACUGACUUAUGAUAUAGCAAAUAAUAAAGAUGCUUUGAGGAAAACCUGGAAUCCAAAGUUUACAUUAAGGAGUCACUUUGAUGGAAUUCGAGCACUUGCUUUCCAUCCAGUUGAGCCAGUUUUGAUAACAGCAUCUGAGGAUCAUACAUUAAAAAUGUGGAAUUUGCAAAAAACAGCUCCAGCAAAAAAGAGUACUUCUCUUGACGUGGAGCCUAUCUAUACAUUCAGAGCUCAUAAAGGUCCAGUCCUCUGUGUGGUAAUGAGCAGCAAUGGGGAGCAGUGUUAUAGCGGAGGGACAGAUGGCCUUAUUCAGGGCUGGAAUACAACAAACCCAAACGUCGAUCCCUACGACUCUUAUGACCCUUCUGUUUUAAGAGGUGCGCUUCUGGGCCACACAGAUGCAGUCUGGGGCUUGGCUUAUAGUGGAGUACAUCAGCGUUUAUUGUCCUGUUCAGCAGAUGGCACUCUUCGUUUAUGGAAUACAACUGAAAUUUCUCCAGCCCUAAGUGUGUUUAAUGAUAAUCAAGAACUGGGAAUCCCUGCCUCUGUGGAUCUAGUGAGCAGUGAUCCGAGCCAUAUGGUAGCAUCAUUCAGCAAUGGAUAUACUAGCAUCUUUAACAUGGAAACACAACAGCGCAUUCUCACUUUAGAAGCCAACCUAGAUACAAGCUCUAACAUGUCCUGCCAAAUAAAUAGAGUCAUCAGUCAUCCAACCCUUCCAAUCAGUAUCACUGCUCAUGAAGACAGACACAUUAAAUUCUAUGAUAAUAACACAGGUAAACUGAUCCAUUCAAUGGUUGCCCACUUAGAAGCUGUUACGAGUUUAGCAGUUGAUCCCAAUGGCCUAUACUUGAUGUCUGGCAGUCAUGACUGUUCAAUACGUUUAUGGAACCUCGAAAGCAAGACCUGUAUCCAGGAGUUCACAGCUCAUCGAAAAAAGUUUGAGGAAUCGAUUCAUGAUGUGGCAUUCCACCCAUCAAAAUGUUAUAUCGCCAGUGCUGGAGCAGAUGCCCUAGCCAAAGUCUUCGUAUGACAUGAUGCCUCCCUUUCAGCUUCUCACUUUUUCUGUAUAAUCAGCUGCACACGAGAUAACAGAAGACAAGGGGGAAGGUCACCUUUUCUUGCCCUUUCAUUCUGCCAAUGGAGCACAGAGAACAUUUGUUAAAAUAUAGUUUUGCAGUCGAUGUACUGUUUUCUAAAACUAAGGUUUGUUCAGGUUGCUGCAAGCUCAGCUGGUUCUGUGAGCCUGAAAACUGUUUCAAAUUAUUCUGAAAGUAUAUGCUUUUAUUUGUGAGGGGGUUCUUAUUCGCCGGGCAGGCCUGAGCGAAAUGAGGUUCAUUUAGUCCAUUUGGAGGAAUUGGGGCACUCUUUAAGGGAGGGAUACAUCAAUAACAUGAUUUAUUGGGGAGGGGUGGAGGGAGCAGGGGAACUUAAGCAUGUUUUUCAUUUGAGAAAUUUUGUCAAAUGUGCACGUUAGGUAGUCGAAAUAGUGUCUUUUAACAUGCCCACUGGACUAACCCUUUUGUGAAUGAUGACUUGGCAGUUCUGAAAGGAGUUUAGUUUAGCGUGUCUAUGAGCUUUACACAUAAAGUGACUGGCAAAACAUUUUACCUAUUAAAAAAAAUGCAAUAAUAUGUUACAUAUGUUAUUCAGUAUGUCAAUCAGAUACUUAGUUUGCAGGCAAAAUUAUAUAUUGUAUUAUGUUUUUGAAAAUAGAAUUGUUACCAAGUGACUGAGAGUUUAGUUGUUAGAUAUUCAGCUUUAAAGAGAAUGUUUGAUACAGUCUACAUUUACUAAGGGAUUUCACUUAUUCAAACAUUCAAAUUUGAGUCUCUUUAUUAUUCAAGGACAGUCACUAGCACAGGUCUCUGAUGCAAGUGACCUGUAUUACUGGUAAAAUUCCGUUUUGUUCAUGUGAUGUUUAUAAUAUCAAAAUGGUUAACCAUUCUUAUCAAUGAACUCACAGCUGGAUAGAUGCAAAGCAAAAAAAAAAUGUAUUUAGAGAGUUCUCAUUUAUUUAUGUUCACAUAACCAUGCUUCAUUUUAUCUAUAUUCUCUUUCUUCCCUAAACCUCAGGUUGGGCUAUCUGAUAGCCUUCAAUAAUACUAUCAUACUUUAUGUUGGUUUAAAAAAGUAACCCAAAUUCAAUCUGCUAGCGUUGAGUUAGGUCCAUCCUGUUGCUUUUUGUAAAAAAAAAAAAAAAAAAAAAAA